AUGGCGGAUGAUGUUUUGGCAGAGAAAGUGUUCAAUUAUAUCUGCGGUAGUGGCGGUUUUGUUGAAUUAUAUGUUCUUUUAAAACAUUCCUCGCCCUUGGGAAGUAGGAAAUCAAAGGCAAAAGCGAAAAACUGGCUAACGAGUCAACCUGAUAGGCGUUUAGUCGUCGUGAAAGAUUUCAGUGGCGAGAUAGCAGGUGUGCGAAUUGAUUUAAGAAGAAAAAUAUGUCGGCAAUAUCACGACAAAGGUUCUUGUGGAAGUGCUCAGGGGAAGUGUAAGUUCUGGCAUAUUUGUAAAGGAUUCAUCGAAGAAAAUUGCGAUGGCAAAUGCAACCGCUCGCACAACUUUUUUGACCCAGAAAACAAAGAGAAAACAAAAGAAUUGGGGCUGGCUAAAUAUCCGAACGGGACUUUAAAACAUAUUGUUGCGUGGAGCCUGCCACAGGUUUGUGAGCUGUACACAAGGGGCAAAUGUACGUCGGAUUCAUGCUUAUACCCUUAUCUUUGUUCUCAAGCUGUCCGAAGUUCAGCGUGUUCUUGUUCUUUGUCACACAACCUCAUGGAUUCUCACAACAUGAAGAUUCUCAAAGAGUAUGAUCUGUUGCCUCAUCAGUCGAUGUCAACAGAUUUUGUUCGGUGCAAUAUCUUGGUUCCAAAGGAACAGCGUGUUCUUCACAAAGCUCAUGAUUUUUUACCAAGUGUUUGCAACACAGGUAAAAAUUCCUCUAAGGAAGCGAUGGGAGUCAUACAAGGUACAAAAAAACAAUCGCCGAAAGUGUCCGCACCAUCCAAAUUCGAAACUACAAAAUCUCAAAAUACGAAACAAAGCCCGUACAAUAAUUCGAAAGAAUUCGAUGCUGCAUGCAGUAUUCAAGAUGGAACUGAAUUUGAGACGAAGAAUUGCCCGUCAAAUCUUUUGCAAGAGAAGACAACCAAGUCGGGAACACCAAUCUGUAAGCAAAGUGAUCGUAUUAACAAUUUAACGAGUAAUGCAGCAUCACCUUCUUCUGAGAUUGGGCUUCAGUUUUCAAAUAUUCAAACUGGAGACGAUUCUAAUUCGUCCUUUGACGACAACAAGCCUGCAAAUAGAAACACCAAAGCCUUUGGAUGUAAAGAUAAUAAGAAAAAUUCGGUUGACGCCAUGAAAGUUGGUGGUUUGAAACAGAAUCCUAUAAACAAAAUGAAAAUCGAAUUGGAUGGAAAUGAUUCGAUGAAAUGGGAACAAGGAUCUUUCAUUGACAGUUCCAGAAAGGAUCCAAAUAUUGGCCAAUCGCAAAAGAAGAAAAGCAUAAAUUCUGUGAAUAAAGAGCAACAAACCAAGGCAAAGACUCAAGAGGUGGGAAAAAAUGCUGCCUGUAUGAAGGUGUUAAGUACACAACAACCGAAAAGUUUGGAGGUAUCACGUGGCACUAAAGACAGUCAACGCCAACAUGAAUCCAACAGAGCCUCGGAAAGUGCCAAUAAAGAGCGGUUUGUGGAGGCCUGGUUGUCAAGCCGCGAUUUCGUUGUUGAAUCUACUUUCAGUUGCACUGAUCGGCACAGGCUACCAGCCUCACAAGAGGCGGAAUCUGGGCGUCAACGAAAGUUGUCUGUUUCCAGUUCUUGCAGCUCUGUUCAAGACUCGCGUAAAUGUUUGCCCCCCAAAAAGGCUGUUUUCGAUUGCAUUGUGAAAGAAUACAAUGGCACGGUGCCCUUUGAUGUCAUUUCAAAACGACAAGAUUUGUGUCCUAUCGGUUGUGGGGACAUUGCCAAGUGGUUUGGAGCAAGAUCAAAAGAAAGCUUUUUAAUUAGAGAAAAGGAAGGAAUUAUUUACGAGGUUAGUGCCUUCUGUCGAAAGGCAAGGCUUUGUUUCCGGGAGAAGCGUUCUCAGACGGAUUGUCAGUACUUCCACGUGUGCAGGGAGUACAUCGCUGGCUUCUGUAGGCGUGGUAUUGGAUGCCGAAGAAAUCACUGUUUUCAGUACGAUCAAGAUAAAAAGUUAAUUUCCAAACUGAGGUUGGAUGGUUUGACAGAAGAACAACUCCGCAAUGUGUUUCAGCUUUCAAUGCCUCAAGUAUGUCUGGAUUAUAACUAUUAUGGACUUUGUACCAACGGUUUGUCUUGCAACCAAGUACAAAUUUGCAAGGAUUUUAUCAAGAAGAGAUGCAGGGAUGAGGAAGACUGUGGUCUUCGACACGAUAGCGCGUUUGCCGAAGCUCACACCAUUGCAGUACUUCAAAACUAUGGCAUGAGAGUGAUAGGAGGAAACUUUAAUUCAGUGCUUCGCACACUUUUGGUAUGCCAGGAGAACAUUUCCAGUGGUUUGGAAGACCCCAAGGGCAAACUCACCACAAAGGGAGUGGCCACUAAAGGGAGCAAGGAAGAUCAGCACAUGUGUUCGAAAGUGAGCGUGGCUGCAAGUGCCACCGCUCAGUCUGCUGAGGUUAAAGUCUUCGAAUGCCUUUGCAGCGAGUACGAUUGCUCAGCUUCUUUUUCGAUGAUUUCCAAACGAACAGAUUUGUUCCCGUCUGAAUUUAAGGAUGUAGAAGCUUGGUUUCGAAGCAAGAAAGGGAGUUUUCUCAUUACAGAAGAUGAUCACGGAAAGAUAACCCAAGUGGACGCUUUCUCUACAAAAGCACGUUUAUGUCUCAGUUACAAUAACUCUUAUUAUGGGGAGUGCAAUAGAGAGAACUGUUCGUACUUGCACGACUGUAGAGAGUACAUAACCGAUUCCUGUAACAACGGAGCGACGUGCCCGCGGAAUCAUCACUUCCACGAUGAAAGAGAAAGAGCUCUGUUGUCGACGAUUAAGCUUGAUAAGUUGACAGAUGAGCAACUCAGGAAGCUAGUGCUUUCAUCUACUCCCCAAAUCUGUGUAGAGUACAACAACGGUUCGUGUAAUCUUGGUGAGUCUUGUUCUAAAAUACACAUGUGUAGAGAACAUUUGAAAAAGUGUUUUAGAAGGGGAUAUGGCUGUGACUUACUUCAUGAAGAAGCCAUGAACAUUGAACACACCAAAGCAAUUCUUGAACGUUUUCAGCUUGGACACCAUAAAUCAGACCUGGUAAAGAAAAUUAUUCUUGUUUGUGAGCAGCGCAAGAAGUCCGCAUGUUCCAAAGAAAAAACUACAGGUAAGUAAUGUAAAAUUCUGUCAGCCCUGCGACAUCUCUAGUUUUGGUUUUAACAAACAUUUUCUGUGGUUCCAACGUAUAAUGCUAAAAACGUAGUCUACAGGGUCCACAGUUAGGUAGUUUAAUGCUGCGGUUUUCGAAACCCGAGGUACAAGAAGCCUUACUUAUUAAAUUACUUUGUCAAACGAUAAGCUUGAAAAUCAUGAUUUUAGCGGAAAGGGAAAGGUUAGCUUUAGAUAUAACACAAUGAAAGUGUUGUAAAGGAGGGAAGCUGCCAAUGAAAGACGCAGAGCUAAGGCGGGUGUUAAAAGCUUUCUACCCUGGCCGAGGGUUUAGAAAAAGUGGAUUUUCCGUGACCGUUAAGACGGAAAACCAGUCUGACCAAAGAUAACAAAAUAAAAAUGAAUGAAUAUAAAUAUAAAUAAAAAGUUCUUAUCAUAUAUAUAAAAUUAAUACUGCAUGAUAAUGCCUCAAUAGUCAGUGGAACAAAUUUUAAUCAUUUCUGAACGAGCAUCAUUUUUGUCUUUUUGACUCAAGGCAUUCUGACAAGACAUAUUCUCGUAAACAAGCCAGAUGCACCCAUUUGCGCAGAGUUUAUUCUUAGCAAAUGUACGAAUGGUUCUAAGUGCACAGGCCAUCACUGCUUUUUACCUUACCAUUGGCAAUAUAGCGCGGAUGCAGGUGAAUGGAAGAGUUUUAAUGAGAAAGACAACGAGAAGCUAGAAACACUGUAUUGCGACGUGACACUUGAGGAAUGUUCUGCUACAGGCAUGCAAAUAUCAUUUGAAAGGUAUGUUAUAGUAAUUAUACACUGA